CGCCGACUUUCAGGGGACAGGAGGUUGGAGUCUGGAGAAAUUGAUUUCUGUUCAUCUUCAACGUCUCUUAAGCCACUAUAGCUACCAUGUGGAGUCUUAAAUCAGAAGAACAUAUGUGAUGCUAAAAAAGCUUAAUUAGAUAGCUGGACAGAAGAUCAUGGCGGGUGGGAAUUUUAUGCACAGAGUUGUUUCGUACCUUGUGAAUGAGCUUCUUGUCAACAGCCUUGCGAACAGCCCUGCAUUUCAAAGAUUCGCUGUGAGGACAUCCAAGAGGAUGGAGGACAUGUCAACUAUGGCUGUGAAGAAAAGGCAAGAGCUUGCUGAACAGAUGAAGGAUCUAUCAAAGAACUUUGAGUCUAAUAAGCAUCAGUGACGCUCAUAGUAGGUGAGUGCGAACGUGGAGGGACGCUAAUGUAAAGUUCUGUGUUUCACCUCUGCAAGGGUCACAAAUUUUGUACAUUGCGAGAUUUUGGAGACCGAUAUUAUAAAUAUUUCUGGGCUGUUCAGUGCUAUAAUUUCUGUUACAAUUAUUUUUGCGCGCAGUGUAACAAAGGAUGGGAAAAACCCGCUGGGAUUAAGUUUGAUAUUAAGACAAUUUGCAUGAUCGGACAUUAUAGUGUUGGCUCGUUCUAUAAAAAAUAAAGUAAGAGUUGUGUCGGCUCGGCAUCCUUUCACCUCGUA